UUAACGGUGAUUAUGGCAACUGGAUUUUGAGUAAGCCAUGCAGUGUUUCAUGUGGUGAUGGAGUAGAAAUUUGGCGACGUUCUUGUAAUAAUCCUGAACCAAAAUACAGCGGUCAUAACUGCAGUGGUCUUGGGAACUCGUCUGAGUUUAGAAACUGUAGCAGAAAACCAUGUCCAAGUUAGUACUUGAGAACUAACUUUAUUUAUAUACUAUAUAUUUCUAUCAUUUCUGAAGUGUUCUCCCUGAGGUGCCGUAAGAGUAAUGAAUUAUUGCUCCAGUAUCACUACAGGAGGGGAUAUAAACUUAUACUAGAUAGCUCGAUCAAUUCUAAACUGUUCUUCCCAGAGGUCCACUAAGGAUCAUCUUUUAUAGAUCUAGUAUUAUUUCAGGAGGAAACUUAAACUGAACUAAAUUUAUUUGUACUAGAUAUCACUAUCAGUUCUAUACUGUUUUUCAUAGAGAUCCGGUAAGGAUCAUCUCUUAUUGAUCCAGUGUUACUACAGGAGGAAACACAAACAAUGCAAGCUAACUUUAUUUUUACCAGAUAGCUCUAUCAAUUCUAAAUUGUUCUUCGUAGAGAUCCACUAAGCCUGACUAAGGAUCAUCUUGUAUUGAUCCACUGUUACUACAGGAGGAAACUUAAACUGAACCGCUAACUUUAUUUGUACUAGAUAGCACUAUCCGUUCUAAACAUGCAGAUCUUCAUAGAGGUCCGGCAAGGAUCAUCUCUUAUUGAUCCACUGUUACUACAGGAGGAAACCCAAACCAAGCUAACUUUAUUAGUAGUAGAUAGCUCUAUCAAUUCUAAACUGUUCUUCCUAGAGGUUCACUAAGGAUCAUGUCUUAUUGAUCCAGUGUUGCUACAGGAGGAAGCUUAAACUAACCUAACAUUAUUUAUACUAGAUAUUAGCUCUAUCAGUUCUAAACUGUUCAUCCUAUAGAGGUCAUGCAGUAAGGAUCAUGUCUUAUUAAUCCCAGUAUUACUACAGGAGGAAACCGGGGAGAAGAUAUGCGGUCUGAAUGAGGUCAAGUAGAAAUCGGAAGUACAACCCUAGUCACAUAGCUGUAAGGCACAUGGAAUAACCACUGUACUACCAGACCUUCUGUUUGUAAACGACCAAUUGUUGUGUGCUGUGGUUAAAACCAUGAGCAUCAUUAUCCAUUUUUAUGAAUCUAUAUUUUCUAGUUGAUGGUAACUAUAGCAACUGGACCAAGUCGUCACCAUGUAGUGUCACUUGUGGGAAAGGUGUUGAAAUUUGGACACGACGGUGCAAUAACCCCCCUGGAAAAUAUGGCGGAAAUUGUAGUAACCGGGGGUCGGCUCAAGAAAUUCGAUUGUGUGAGAUGGAACCUUGUCCAGGUGAGAAAUAAAAGAUAUUCAUUCUGGUUACCCGUUUAUUUCCUAAUAACUAUGGCCAAACUUUGCUCUGUUAUGCUUGUUGGUGAUGAUACCGAAAGAAGAUAAAUGUAAAUCUAAAUAGUUCGAAAUUUUUGAAAGCGCCUCAAAAUAGCGCGUUCUUAGUCGGGUUAAUAUUGUAAUAGACACGAUGUCACGAAUCCUUCCUUGGCUUCGAAGCCUCGCCACCAUGAAUCAGGACGGAAAGCACGGGUGCACCGAAACUCGGUUAGUUCCGGCCAGAACCCUAAUCUUUUAUGAUGCAGCUUGCAAAAAUUGUUUAGAGGGGAAUCUUUACGUAACACGCGUUCAAAACUAGUGAAUAUACUUUUCCACUUGGUUAUCACUAUAUUCAAUUUUCUAUUUAAGUCCUGAUACGUUUCUCAAGCGGCAAACAAACUUUUUUAAGAAAUAUGUUUGGUGUUUUAUCUGUAAAAUUAUGCUAAAAUGAAGAGAUUUUGUAUGGUAUUCCAAAAGAGAAAAUUAUGUCUGAAGUUCAGUAUGUUUUUCUUGUAUUGCUGUAUAAAUAUGGCGUCAAUAGUACUGCAUCAAUGAUAAUUGUAUUAAAAUUGACAAUAUUUAACUAUUAUCUUGUGUUUCUCAACCGCCAGAAACUCAAACGCAGUUUUCUAACUGCGCAAGCUACAAAAAAAGCUAAAGCAAAUUAAUUCUGAGAGGAACGCCAAAAAGAUUUUAGGUUUUGAACACUUUUCAUCGGAAAUACGCAACAAUGAAAAAAAUUUCCUCUUCGUACUAUUGGCGCGACUAAGCGGAAGGUGUUGGAAAGAAGUGAAUCCAUUCAAAUGAAAAAAGAUGUUUUAAAAAUUUCAGCUCACAUCGACUCCCAGACGAUUGGUAUCACUGCUGCUGCUGCUGUUUUGGUGAUCAUUGUAGCAGUUGUAUGUUUUAUUUUCCUUCUUCGAAGACGUCGAAAAAAAGGUGAGAUCAAGUUUUAAUUUCAUUCAUAGUCUUUCUACAAAAUCGUCAUUUUGAAAUUCCAAUUUUAUAGUUUCUCCUUAUUACGCCCGUUCGGACUUUUUACUGCAACAUUCUCGCGGUCCUCAACAGCUGGAAGGCAACAAUACUUCCGAAGAAAUCGCGAGUUUAUCACGAGAGACUGGCACUAGUGUUCAAUAUGAAAACCUGACAGCUGACGGUGACCCAGUUCCGGGCCUCUCGCGUGGUGUGGUGCGCUACCGAGGAGCUUACAUGAACACAAGACCUGCUAGAAAAUCAUGGUAUGAUAGACUUCAGUUAAUUCGACCAUUAGCUAUGGAGUGGCUUCGUAACGCUUUGGGGAAUGUUGACGAGUUUGGCCGCCAUGUUUAUGACGUCAUGCGACGCGUACGACAUGUUUUUGUCCCAUACAACAAGUUGGGCGAUCUACAGCAAGGUGAUUCAGCCGGAAGUGGAGUGGAGAGGAAUAAUACUUAUAGUACAUUAGAAAGACCCGCAGCAGUUAUAUUGCCCACGGAAAGCGAGAAUGCGUCGACGACAGAAAAUGUUUGA